AUGCUCGAUGAACGACGUGUUUGUGUUUCGCGGAUCGCGGUGAAUGUUCUUCGAAGGCGAGAGGUGAUUGAGACGGUAGCUCGCGCAGGAAUCGUUCCGUCGUACGACAGUUCGUGUGGUGCCGGCUCUGGAGCUGCCGAUGGGAGCGAACGAUACGUUCUGCUCUGGUGGUGGAAGGCAGCAGCAGCAUUUGAAGUAGGAACGGUGGAACUCGCGUCUGAAUUUACCUGGAACAAACGUGGAGUUAUGCAAUAA